AUGUCGACACCCAACUCACCAGCUGCCUCGAGUAGGCAUACGCGGAACGUUUACAUCAUCAAACUCCAAGGCACACUAAGCCGGCUCUCGGUAAUGCGACGCAGUAGUCAUCAGUCUUCUUCCUUCAGCUGGGCAUUGCUUGUGCUCCCGGUGAACAAUGACGGCGGCGUUGUUUGGUUCAUUCCCACCAACAGAUGGAGCGGACGGCCCUCUUGGAAGAGAGUCGAGUUCAAUGUCGACAGAGAACGUUCUGGUCUUACACGACUCGGAAGCUCCACGCGUUCUGCUGCAUGGAUCAAUCGCCUUGCCAACCAAGUCCUCAGGGAUCUUGAUGUUAACCACGGUGAUGAAUGUCCUCGGGAGCUUGGUCUUGUGUUUUGUCGAAUGCUCGGCGAUCUUUUGCUGGGUGAGAUGACGAGAAAAUCGAGCAGCGAUUCGACGAGGGAUGCCUCGAAGUCAGCACCGAAACAUCUAUGCGGAACUUCUGGAAGACAAUGCGGCGCGGAUUUUUGCCCCUCUGCCCCAUUUCACAAUACCGAAUCGGAGGACGCAGAGUGUAUGGUCAUCGUACCAGAUGGUACAGUGACAAUUGAGGAGGAUGAGCAUACGUCAAAUACGAUAAGUGGCUCAGCUGACACCCCGACGUCCACUGACGAUGCAGAUUCCGACGCCGAACCUGAUUCCUCCGAAGACGACGAAGAGACUUCUUCAGAAUACAUGGAAACGGCCUCGCAGACAUCGGAAAGUACGGAUGCGUCGGACGAGGAAACGAAUGAUGACGAUGCUACUCCCGCCUCGGAUUCAUCAGGCACGUACAGACGCUAUCGUAAGGUGCAAGUAUUCAUGAUUAGGUGGGAAUCUCACGAUGUGGAGACUCCGAGCGGCUUCAGCCUUGACAAGGAGACAGAUGACGUCGCUGCGGCGUUUGAAAGUUUUGGAUACGACGUUGACCAGUUCUUGAUUCCAAUUUUCAUGCCCAUGGAAAGUCUGAGCGAGUUUCUGGAGUCCAAGAUGAAGUCAUGCAUGUGGCUUUAUGACGAGGACGAGACACUUAUCAUUGUGUGGUAUGGUGGACAUGGAGGCAUGGAUCACGACCACUGUUUGAGAUUGGCGAGUCAUGCGGAUGCUGACACCGGUGGGGAUUUUGCAUGGAAGGAUAUUUCCACAAGCUUUCUUGAGGUCAAUAGUGACCUUCUAAUCUUCCUCAACUGCUGUCAUGCGGGAGCCUCAGUUCCCGAUGAAGAAGAACUCGAAAUUCUCGAAUCGCACAAUAAGAAGUUCAUCAAGGAAGUCUUCUGUGCUUCAGGUUUCGACGCCUCAGCAUCUUACGCGACCGAGUAUUCCCUGGCUCCCACAUUCAUCGGCGUUCUCAAUCGCCACAGAGAGACCGCGGAUUUGAACACAUCUUCUCUGCAGCGGCAAAUGAUGCAUUUUAUGAAAGGUCAUCACGAGAGUUAUUGGCAUCGACGCCUUGACUGGGUGCACGACGAAUCCGUGGGCCAUACGGUUCUUCAGGUGACUCGAGAACGGGCAAUUUCUUCCAAUACCCCAGUGAAGAUUGAGAUGACCUCAGGCCGCCCAGGCGCGAUCCUGCUACAUCCGCUCCCGGACCCGGAGGUCGUGAAUAAACUGAAGAGGUCUUUGUGCUUUGUCGUUCCUGAUGACGAAGACGAAGACAACGAGGACGAGGAGAACGAAGACGACGAACCGCCCGCGAGACGUCGAAAGAUGAAUAACUGA